AUGGCUGAUAGGUGGCAACCAAGAGAAGCCACCAAGCAGCAGGAUGGCAAGCUGGUGAGUGUUGAUGUUGCCUUCUCUGGUAUAGGUCUCACAGUUCCUGUGGUUGGAGAAAGCCAAAGUCUGUGUUCCCCAGAAGAAGGGAUUAAUCAGAUUGAGAACCAGACAUUUGGUGCAGCUGCAGACACCCAGGAUGAAGGUAAUGGAGAGCAGCCAGACCUAUAUGAGCAGGAAUACUGUGGGCCUGUUGACCAGAGGUGCAGAUCCCAGUUUGGUAGAGAAGAGGAAAAACAAUUGCGCAAAAAGAAACAUAGGAGGCGCCCUUCAAAAAAGAAAAAACAUUGGAAGCCUUAUUACAAGCUCACCUGGGAAGAGAAGAAGAAGUUUGAUGAAAAGCAGAGCCAACGGGCUUCCAGGGUGCGGGCAGAAAUGUUUGCUAAAGGACAGCCUGUUGCACCAUAUAACACCACACAGUUUUUGAUGGAGGAUCAUGAUCAAGAAGAACCAGAUUUGAAGACAAACCUUUACCCCAAAAGACCUGUCACCAAGUCAGAUGAGACGAGUGAGGAAGACUUUGUAGAAGAGGAGGAUGGUGGUAGUAGUGAUGGGAUGGGAGGGGAUGGUACUGAAUUCCUCCAGAAGGACUUCUCAGAAACAUAUGAGAGAUAUCAUGUAGAGAGUCUACAGAAUAUGAGCAAACAAGAGUUGAUCAAGGAAUAUUUGGAGUUGGAAAAGUGUCUUUCCAGGAUGGAGGAUGAGAACAACCGCCUACAGAUGGAGAACAAGAAAUUUGCAGGGGACCCCCGGCUAAGUCAGUUAGAACAGGAACUGGACAGGUUGAGAGCUGAAAACCAGAAACUCUUGGAAGAAAAGGAGCUUGGCAGACAACAAGAGAACAAUUUCUCUAAACUUGGAGAAUGAAGCAUUUUGUGAGGACAUAAGUGGAAUUGGACAGAAGCCAUCCCAAGAUGCUUUAUUCAUAUUGUGGGGGUGUAUGUAUAAACAUACAU